AUGAGAGUUCCCAUCUGGGUUCAGCUCGCGCUGCUUGUAAGCGCCGUCGCCCUGCUCGCCCUCACCGUCGUCGCAGUGCCGACAUGGAUAUAUGUCCAGAGCUUCGUCGUCAACGUCGAAACCGAUAGCCUCGCCCUUGCAGCAUCGCUCUACGCCACCAAGAUUGACUCUCAGCUACAGUUGCUCAAUACCAUUAGCCGCACAGUCUCUACCCGUGUCCUGAUACAACAGUCCCUGGCCAAUUACUACAACGCCAACGCGACAACAAGGGACCCAUUUGAACCGACAGUCACCGACCUGCAAAGCGCGCUCGCCACUAGCAGCUUCACGGGCCUGCUGCAGGCACGGAUCUACUCGCGGAACCAAACUGGCGAGAAUUCAACGGGCCUCAUCAGUGUUACGGGGUCCGGCAUCGGGACGCAGACUCAAAACAUACCACUACCCUAUCUUACCCCCAAUGGAUUACCUGUCAACCUGAGCGAUACUGAAUUUGGCUACCCGCCCUCGUUGUACCCAAAUAUCACUUAUGAGACUCUGGAUUACCCGAACCCAUACAUACCCUCGGAGACCGCCGUGGCAGCCAGUGCUUUUCCAGGCGUAUUGCUCAGUGAUAGCAGGGGACUGCUCCUCGGCCCACUGGCCAUCAACCAAACGUUUGCGCUUAUAUCGCUCACAAUUCCUAUACGAUCUCUUCAACACCAGGGCUUUAUCCUUGGCUAUAUGACUCUGGUCGCUGCCGCCAACUCGUUUCUUGACAUACAAACAGCCAUCGAUGGACUCGGCAGCACAGGUGUGGCGUUGCUCGUCACUCCUGAUGAUCCCUCAAACCGUUUCACGCCAUCGCUUUCACCUUCCAACAAAACAUAUCAGCCACCCACAGGUGCCUUGAGCAACUAUCCGACCACACUAGUUGACUGGGCCAUAGUGGUGGAAAAGUCGCGUGGCGAGGCCUACUCUCCCAUAUCUAUCCUUCGAAAAAUCCUAAUUGGAUGCGCCUUUGGGACUGCUGGCUUGGUCAUGCUACUCAUUAUACCCUGUGCAUAUUUCAGUGUUCGUCCCAUUCGAAGACUAAAGAUCGCAACUGAAAAGUCAAUCACUGUACCAGGGUAUGAACUCAUGUACAGCGAUGACGAAAAGAAUGCAGCCAGCUCGGGGGGCACGCUAUCAUCUGCUUCCAUAAAAGGCCUGUUCAAGAGCAUCAAGAGAAGGUUCUCAAAGCCUCAGAGACCACUGACGCAAGCCGAAAUUGAGAACCAUCGGCGUGUCUUCAAGAUCCCAGGCAGGGUCAAGGAGAGGUCGCAUCUCGUCACCGACGAAGUGACAGAGCUUACAGGAGUCUACAACAAAAUGACAGACGAGCUUGUCAGACAGUACACCUCGCUCGAUCAACAGGUGGAGAAGAGGACCCGCGAACUGGAAAUCAGCAAAAAGGCGGCUGAGGCUGCGAACGAGAGUAAAACUCUUUUCAUCGCCAACAUCUCUCACGAAUUAAAGACGCCACUUAACGGGAUUAUGGGCAUAUGUGCCGUCUGCAUGGAGGAAAAUGACAUUCUCCACAUACAACACUCCUUGAAGACUCUAUACAGAUCUGGCGAACUCUUACUACACCUUUUGGACGACUUGCUCAGUUUUUCCAAGAACCAAAUCAGCCACGAAAUUAAACUUGAGCACAGGGAAUUUCGACUUGGAGAAAUCCGAUCGCAAGUCGUGUCCAUCUUCGACAAACAAGCCAAGGAGAGCAAAAUUGACCUAGACGUGGCCUUUUCCGGCCCCGCGUCUGCAGAUCUCAACAACCACUAUCUGCUUGUACAACAAGGCCCAUCUCGAUUCUCCCAGCCUAACCGCAUACGCGACAUGUAUGUGCUGGGAGAUCAACACAGAAUAUUACAAGUCAUCAUCAAUCUUGUCAGCAACAGUCUGAAGUUUACGACAGCGGGCGGCAGGGUUCAGGUUCGGAUACGAUGGGGUGAAGAGGUCACGACGAAGACUGUCCUUGACGCGAGGCCUCUCGGAGAUGGCUCACGAUCACACAGUCACGCCAGCAGCAAUCAAACGACAUCUUCUUCGUCGCCAACUUCAAAAGCAGCAUCACCAACCUCAGAAGCAGCAUCACCAACUGAGACAGGACUUGAUACACCUCGUCAUAGCGAGCCUGCCAAGGACUCGCACGUAAUUUUUGCUGAAGAGCCCCGCGGCUCGCAGAUGUUGGCCGACGACGUCGACAAAACAUAUAUUUUCACAUUUGAAGUCGAGGAUACAGGACGAGGUAUACCAGAGAACAUGCAGGACAAAAUUUUUGAGCCGUUCGUACAGGUGGAUUCAAGUUUUAGCAAGGAGUUUGGCGGCACCGGAUUGGGUCUGAGUAUUUGCUCACAGCUGGCCAAGCUAAUGGGCGGCACAGUCACCGUCAGGAGCAGCGAGGGACUCGGAUCAACAUUCAGUCUCGAAAUUCCUCUCAAGCACAUAAUAGAUCGUGUGCCUAGUACCCGGUCCGAAAGCACUAGGCCAAGGUCCAGGGCUCCAAGUGCCGGUGGCUCAACAACUGGUGGCGCCGGUGGCAGUAGCUGCCACCGCAAUUCUCUGAGCAGUGUAUUGGCACAGGAACCCGAUCAAAUGACGACGACGACGACGAGCAACAUGGAGAGCCACAGAAGCGAUAUUCAACCUCGUCUUGUUGGUCUCAGCACACCCUUCUUUCCGCCCAAUCCAAAUCAGGCUUCCGCGCCACCCGCCAAGUCGACAACAGUCAUUCCGCCAACCACGAGUGUUGAGACGCAAGCCGCCAUACAAAAAGCCAAAGCCGACAAGGCCAAAACUUCUGGAAGCGAGCCUGCAAACAGCGAUCUGCGCGUCCUCGUCGCAGACGACAAUGCGACGAACAUUGAGGUCGUGCGCAGAAUGUUGAAACUGGAAAAAGUUCUCGAUGUAACCAUUGCCAAGGACGGUCGAGAGGCAUACGAACUGGUCAAAGCAAACAUGGAGCGGAAUCGGAAAUUUGAUCUCAUCUUUAUGGACGUCCAGAUGCCCAACCUCGACGGUAUCCAGUCCACCAAACUCAUCCGACAGAUGGGCUAUGCAGCCCCGAUCGUGGCUCUGACGGCAUUUUCAGAGGAGAGCAAUCGCAAGGAGUGCAUGGAGUCGGGCAUGGACGAGUUCCUGGCUAAGCCUAUUCGAAGAUCAGCGCUAAAAAGCGUGUUGACAAAGUUCGCGACAAUCUACGAGGAAAAGACAGAAGAGAAAUAG